AAAGCGGACUCAUUAACCGCCCAGCAUCCGGACCGCAAAUAUUUUUUUUCUUCACUAUCAAGUUGUUAACUGAAAACUUUUCUUUAUGUUCCAACUAUCAAAUAAACUCGACUUUUUAGCACUAUUUCUAUCUAUUAAAGCAAGAAUAGUUUUUUAUCAGUUCCAGUUGAUUUAAUUAACGUGGUAUUCAGCAGUUUGGAUAAUUCAGCUGAAAGUUCAAUCAGUUAAACUAUGACUUGUAGUGAAUAAAUACAUGAGUGUGUGACAGUUAUCAGGUAGCACGUGAAUUCAGGUGGUCAGGUGGAGGCAGGUAGCGCAGGCGUGCUACUAAAAGCGGGAGAGUCGAGGACUCGAAAGACUUAAUGAUCAUAGAAUUAAGCCAAGACAAAGAAAUAUCAUUAAUAAUGGACUAGUUGAUGAUUUGAAAAAAUAAUUUAAAUGGUGGAUACACUUUUGAUUGAUUUAUCCGCUUGGUACCCCUCAAUGUUGCAACCACCCUCUCCACUAUUGGAGAUGGCUUCUCUCCGUUUACCAGAUUCGGAGGAGUUUGAUGUGGAGCCACGUCGAAGAACAAGUGGAAAUGUUCUGCUAACAACUGGACCACCAUUUAAUUUAGCUAAUAAUGUUUUCGUGCAAACCAAGGACGAAUUACGGGACUAUUUAAAUAAUUCACUAACUGAUUUAGUAACUGCUGGGUCACGUACUACUUUGGAAGAGCCAUCAGCGGGUGUGGGCUUGUUUAAUGCUAGUGAUUCAGCCAACAUCCCAGUUGAACAUGUUCCUGAUCGCUUUUACAGACAUAGCGUAGCAAUGACCGUAGUUUAUUGUGUCGCAUAUAUGCUUGUGUUUGUUGUUGGUCUCGUUGGCAACAGUUUCGUUAUUGCGGUCGUUUACCGUUCACCAAGAAUGCGCACCGUCACCAACUUCUUCAUCGUUAAUCUUGCCGUUGCAGAUGUACUCGUAAUCGUAUUCUGCCUACCUGCUACGCUUGUUGGAAACAUCUUAGUUCCUUGGGUCCUUGGGCGAUUUAUGUGUAAGACUGUUUCUUAUAUCCAAGGAGUAUCAGUGGCAGCUUCUGUCUACAGUCUGGUAGCAGUGUCAUUGGAUAGAUUCCUGGCGAUAUGGUGGCCAAUGAAGUGUCAGAUAACAAAACGACGUGCACGUAUGAUAAUAGUGAUAAUUUGGUUCAUCGCAUUAACAACGACAUCACCAUGGCUGCUAUUUUUUGACCUAAUAAAAUAUGGAGAUGACCCGAGCUUAAAAUUUUGCGUGGAAAGGUGGCCACGACCUCAAGAUGGUACUUUAUUUUUCUUGAUUGGCAAUCUGAUGCUUUGCUACGUUUUACCAAUGAUUCUCAUAUCCUUGUGCUACAUUCUUAUCUGGAUAAAAGUAUGGCGAAGAGACAUACCUACGGACACGAAGGACGCCCAAAUGGAGAGAAUACAGCAAAAGUCAAAAGUCAAAGUAGUCAAGAUGUUGGUGGUGGUGGUGAUACUUUUUGUUCUUUCAUGGUUGCCACUUUACAUCAUUUUUGCUCGAAUUAAACUUGGUGGAGAUCAGGCAGAAUGGGAGGAAGAGGUACAAAUGAUUGCUACACCCAUUGCCCAAUGGCUUGGUUCCAGUAAUUCCUGUAUUAAUCCAAUAUUAUAUGCUUUCUUUAACAAGAAAUAUCGACGUGGUUUCACAGCAAUACUUAAAAGUGGUCGUUGCUGUGGUAAACUUCGAUAUUAUGAAACUGUAGCAAUCAUGUCCUCAUCAACAAGUAUGAGAAAAUCAUCAUAUUAUGUUAAUAACAAUUCGUCCACUCGUCGUACCUAUCAUGCACCACCUGUUCAUCAGGAUAACAAUGUGUCUUACAUUUUUAAUCACACAGGAGUGAGUAUGGAUGAUUUUAUUAAUGAUGGUGAAUUCGAUCCAGAUCUAGAAGCUAGAUUGUAUGGAGAAAUUUAUUACUCUAACGAUACAUUUCCUGAACGACCUUUAGAAUUUUGGAAUAAUUCGACAUUGGAUAAAAGAGUGGAACCAUCAUGUAUACCUCAAAACAAUUAUUCCAACUACAAUCAUGCAAGCAAUAAUCGCGUUAACUCAGAUUCAUAUUUUUGGAUGACAAAUCCAGCAUUUCCAAAACGCUUUCACAAUUACCGAAGUUUACCAUCUACGUCUAAUCGAGAAAAUUUACCAUCAUAUCAAUACUCUACAUCAUUUUCUCGAAGUCGUAAUCCUAGUAAUAAUUUAUCAAAUAGUGAUUACAUUAAUCAUUACCGAAAUUAUUGCUACUCAACCUAUGAAAAUGAUUACCGUCGACCAUCAUACAAACGUACACAAGAUUAUCAACAAGUAGUUGCAUCUUAUAAAUCAAGAAGAGCCAAUUAUUCCAGAAAUUCUUCUGAAAAAUCAUUUUCAUCACGUCGUCGAAGACCUGAUCAUUCAAGGACUCCAAAAACCCGAGAACCACCUAGAAUAUCACCACAAAAAGAAACAAAUAGUACUAAAGAAUCACUUGACUCUAUUAUAGAAAUUAUCGACGAAAGUCUAGAUGAUAAUGUUGAGAAUUCUAAUGCAGUAGAAGAUAAUACUUCAAUAAAAGUUACAAGUGCUGUUAUUGAUGAAAACGUUGCUCCAAAUAAUAAUAGUAAAAAUGAAAAUACAGACAAUGAUGCAAGUUCAACUCAUCACUGUUCCGACACUGCCAGUAAAUAUGAUGUAAAGGAAAAACAAAAGCAAGUUGACCUCAGUGACGUUACAAACAUGGACAAUGAUAUAAUAAAUUGCUCCGAUUCUGAAGAAUCUAUUUUCGAAGUUCCAGUUCCCCCUAAACCAAAGCCUCCUUUAAUCGAUCUCCAGGAUUCAGAUGAUUCUUCAGAACCUGAGGAAAUAGAAGAAGAUGAAGAAGAAGAAACUCCAAUAGUUGUACAUAAUCUAGAUGAAUCUACCUCUGAUUUAUCACCAAUAAACGUAGAUUUGAAUACACAAAAUGAUCAACAAACAGUUGAUUCUACCAAUAUUGAUAAUAAUAAGAAAGAAUCUGCGGAUGUUAAUAUUGAUGAAAACAAUAUUAUUUUAAAUUGUGUAGCAUUACAAAAAUGUGCUUCAAGUCUUGGAGAUAUAAAACGAAUCAGAGAAACUGCGAAUGUAAGUGAUGAUAGUAUGACUGACAGUGAAGCACUUAAUUGGGGAACUAUUGAAGGACAAAUAGUCCAAGAUAAACCGCCAAUUCCUGAUGACGAUUCCAACCAGGGGCACUUUAAUAUUAAUUAUUUUGAAAAAUCCCACAAUAACGAGAAGAAUCAAGAUAUAUCCGACAGCACUCAUACUGAUAAAACUCCUAUCAAAAAAUCGAUUCAGGCAUCUAAUCUGAAGGAAUCGAUCAGUGAACCAUCGAAUUUACUAGAAUCACCAAGCUGUAGUAAGGAUAAUCAAGAUAUAAAUAUUGUAAUUAAUUGCAACACUAGCGAAAAUACUGUUGAAAUACCAUCGUUUCCCAUUCCUCGUCCAGAGAAAUACAAAAAAAGACCUCAUAGGUCGAUUGAAAGCGAAAACAAUAUAAAUAUUAAUAAUCCUGACCAUCAAGAAGCUUCGACUUCUACCAAAAAAUCACGAACGUCUAUCAAAUCAACUGCAGAAAUGUCAUUUGAAGAAUAUGUAUUUCAACCAAUGUCAGAAAAACUAAAAGAAUACUAUGAUACCUUUAGAGGAGAAGAGUUUAUGGAUGAUGUAUCGUCUAUUCAAAAUCAAAUGCCAAAGAAUCCAAGUCGCUGGGCAAUACUUGAUGUUGAUCUUUUUGGUCCUAGACGAUGGGACAAACAUUUACGCUGUGCGAUUUGUCAACAUUUCGGUCAUAAAAAAGACAAGUGUCCAUCAUUUAAGCAAGUUAUUGUUUGUUACAUGUGUGGAGAGAAUGGACAUACUGAACCACGAUGUCCUUACAAGAUGUGUUUGACAUGUGGUAAAAAGUAUUCGACAUAUAGAAAAACAUGUGAAAAUUGUAGAAAUUUAGUGUGUACUACGUGCAAAGCACAAGGUCAUUCGAAUACUAAUUGCCCUGAUUUGUGGCGCCGAUUUCAUCAAACCACUGAAAGUUAUACUGUGAAUGCACCAUCGAAUCCAGAAGGUUUAUUGAAAACACCAAAUAAACUAGCGUGUUGUAAUUGUGCAAAAAGAGGUCAUGAAUCAACAACAUGCCAACGAUAUCGAUGGUCUCAGCACUUUCCAACUCCUCGAUUUGUUACAAACUAUGAUCAACCUCCAUUCUAUACACCAAAUCCCGAAACUCCUGCAUCAACAGAGCCGAGUGAAAUUUUAUAUCAUGGUACAAACUAUUUUGAUGAUGUUUUGGCAAUCGAAUGGGUCACAGAUGCAAUUUAUCCCCAUACAAUAUCAGGAGUUUCUUAUAGUUUCAUUGAUGAAUACUCAUCUACGCCAGUACAUUUGAAUAAACAUAUUCCAUCUGAUGUAUAUUACGACAUAACGAUAUCUCGUUUAUCAAACAGUUCUCAUUUUGUAUUCUUAGUGAAAUCUACAGAUGAUAAACUAUUAAGUGGGAUAAAAAAAUUAAUAAUCCAGUGGUUGCAAAGAUCACCUGAAGAUAGAUCUUUCAUGGAAUCUACAGAGAGAUUGCCGAUAAUGCAAAUGGAUUUAUUAACUGACUUGAAUUCAAAAUGGAAUUUCUUUAAUGAGAUUCGGUUUAAAAAAGCAAAUCGUUGGCUAGAUACUAUCACGCAUGGCGAAAAAACAUUGAUAGAAAUUGAUGAAACAGAUAAAUUGAGGGGUAGAAAAUCCGUGAAACGACUAAAAAUGUUGAGAAAAAGAUUGAAUGGAACAAAAAGAAGGAUACUUGCUUAUAUCUAUCGUGAAUCUUUAGUUCCCGAAGCAAAAAACAUCUUGGAGCAAUUUCCAAAGUUAAUUGAUAAUUUGAAGAAGUUUCCAGUGCUUGCUCCUGUGCCGAAUGAUUUGUAUCUAAGUGCAGCUUGGUACAAUUUUGAGCUAUUUAUACCUCAUGUAUCGGAAUAUGUUUUAGAAGCAUAUCAACAAAGACAUGGGUAUCAAACAAACCUCACAGUUGAAAAAAAUAAAUCAAAGAAAAGGAAGAAUAAACUCAAGAAAAAUCGUGAUGUCCAAGUAAUCGAUUUAACAGCAACUGAUCAAGAUACGUCAAUCGAAUUGAAUGACCAAGAUAACAAAAUACCUGAACGCAAAAACCUAAAGGUAAAAACUUUGAAUGCAAAAAAUCAGAAUAGAAUUGAUUUUAAAAGAAAACUAAGAUCUUUCAGUAAGAAUUUGAAGCGCUAUGAAGAUCAUUUAAAUGGUCAAGAACAGAUAAAAUGUGCUGGCGAAAUAUUGACAUUUGUAAGAAAGAAGAAUUUAAAAAAUUUCAUGAAAGGAGCAAAUCGACUCAUGAAAGAAGCUCAAAUGUCGUUGCUUAGAAAAGAGCAUAUUUUACAUUUUUGGACCCUCAUUCGAUCUUCUAAAUACAACUAAAAGAUAUUUAAAUAUCAAUGACUAAAACUGCUGUUGAAAUCUUUGACGAAUAGUUAAUAAUUAAAGUAAAUAAGUUAAUAACUAUUUAGUUAAAACUUAUAUUACGUUUAUAAUAAAUAAAAAAUACUUUUGCAAAUUUAUUGUUGUUAUUGUAUUUUGGU